AUGGAUGCCCAGAAUCAAGAACUCAACUCCGACAUCUGCGUGGUAGGAGCAGGACCACUUGGUCUUCUAGCACUUAAGAAUCUUCGUGAACAAGGACUCAAUGCAACAGCGUUUGAAAGACAAGAAUACGUUGGUGGAACAUGGCAUGCGUCAAACAAUAUGGAGCAGACAACUGCAUUGGAGUACACGACAGCCAACACCUCCAAGCAAUGCUGUUCCAUUACUGAUUUUCCAAUGCCUGAUGACUUCCCUGUGCACCCUCCUCAGAAGGAUCUCGAAAGAUACUUCGAAUCUUAUACCGAAAAGUUUGGCCUAUAUCCGCACAUAAAAUUCUCAGUCUCAGUUGACCAUAUAGAACGCGAUGAGCCAGGAAAGGCCUGGAGGGUCUUUCUCAAGGAUGUUAAAACGGGGGUUGAGGAGGUCAGAACAUUUGGUCGCGUAGUCAUCGCUACAGGCAUGCUCAAUACCCGUCAUCUCCCCCAGGUGAAAGGUCUAGAGAAAUUUUCUGGUGAUGCCAUUCACUCACGUCAGUUCAAAGACGCUUCUAAGUACCAGGGCAAAAACGUGGUUGUCGUAGGUAUUGGGGCGACUGGUGUGGAUUCAACCUCGUUCUUGGUCAAAGCUGGAACCAACAAGGUCUAUCUUAGCCAUCGUGGCACCGUCUUCGUGCUCCCCAGGAGAGUCAAGGGCAAGGCUUUCGAGCACACAUUGAGUCGUCGUGUGUCCAUUUGUGUGAGAACAAUAGGCGACAUUAUGCCAAAUAUUUUUGCAGGUCUCAUGACCAAGAUGAUGAUCAAUAUGCGAGAUAAAGAAUGGCCACACUUGAAGGAAGUAUUCGGUACUCGACCGGUUGAUGGAGUCCUACAUCGAGUUCCAUUGUUCUCCGAGCAUCUGGCAGAUAACCUCAAAGAUGGCACAGUUAAAUCUGUACAGGGCAUCAAGGAAGUAACUGGCCCCAAGACUAUUACCCUUACAGACGGCACGGUCUUGGAAGAUGUCGAUGCCAUCAUCUUCUGCUCGGGCUAUGGUUAUGACUUUUCUAUCGUCAAGGGCCCUGGCGAUCCGACCGACCCGGCCAUUGCCCCUGACCACUACAAGCGGAUUGAAACGACCAAGUUCUACGGCGAGGAAAGCAAGUUUGCACGUCUUUUCCAUGGCUUCGUUUCGGAGCAGUUUCCUGAGUCGUUGGCGUUUCUUGGCCAUAUGAUUAUCAUGAGACCCCCAUUCGUACUUUACGAUCUUACUACCAUGGCUCUGGCGAGCUUGUGGUCUGGAGAUUACUCCAUGCCGUCUGCCGAAGAGAGGCGUAGGGAUAUUGAUGAUCACUAUGAUUAUCUUGUCAAGACACUUCAGAGAGGCCCGGCUCCUCAUCCUGGAUUUCGUUGGAGGGCUAAGCCAACUUAUGAAUUUCUGAACCAAGCCGCGGGGACAGGAGUCACCGAUCGCUUGGGGUGCUUCACUUGGGAAGCCUGGAAGCUGUGGUGGAACGACCGAAAGUUUUACAACUUGCUUAUGGAUGGAACUGAUGUUCCCGCGGUUUACAGAUUGUUUGAAACAGGUCGAGGUCGCAAGCCUUGGCCUGGAGCCAGGGAGUCUAUAGAGAAGACAAACCAGGAGGUGAAGGAGCUGGGAGAGCAGUGGGAGAGGGACAAUGAGGAUAAGAAGACAAAGUAACCCGAUGUUUAGGGCGCAAAGAAUUCACAGUCUGGUGGUCCCAGCAAUUGAAGUUGAGAAGUUUGAGAUUUUGGCCUUCCAAGACUUUCCAUAGGUGCCUAGCUAGGGGAGGAAAGAAAACUC